AGCAAGACAGGCUGGCAGCAGACGGCGACCAUGCAGUACUUGUGAUGGACUUCUCGUAGAAUCUUACAGUUCCAAGUGUUGCCAGUACGCCAUCGCAAUGGUACUUCUGCUCGCUGCUUUCGGUCAGCUGUUUCGGGAUAUUUUACGAGAACGAAGGUGUUCAAACGAACUACUUGUAUGACGAAAGGACUAGUGGUAAGGGAAGCGACCAUAUCAACUCAAUGUUGGAUCCCUUUAUCGGCAAACUGGCUGAUUCGGGGAAGAAACGACUGACAGUUUACGCGGACAAUUGUUCAGGUCAGAACAAAAACAACUUCGUCACUAAAUUCUUCCUGGCUCAGGUCCACAUGGGCCGUUUGCAGCACGUGAACUAUAAGUUCUUCGUCAAGGGCCACACGAAGAACUCGUGCGACCGCGGCUUUGGGCAUAUUCGAAAGCAUGUUGCGGGUAUUGACAUUAGGACGAUGGAUCACUUAGUAGACGCUGUUGGGGCAGCUGCGUCAAAUGCAGCAACCGUAUACGUGCCGGCGGGGGAAAAAUUCUUGAAGGAAUUUCAACUUUUCUCGAUGGACAAUGACAAACCCUGGGUAGUUUCCUGCCGAAAGAGCCCUGAGUCGGAGGUUGAUGAAAGAGACUUGCGUAGGAAAUUUGACGGCAUCUUGACACCGAAAGAAAAGGUGAUACGCAUCCUGAUCGACCACAUUGAGUACCUCCCUCCUCCGGUACCAAACGCGGAAAAGAUUGCUCAGCUCUAUCAGUCAAUUAGACCCUACGUUCCUGCUGAAUUUAGCGACGUCCCUCUCUACGCGAAGCCGACUGCGCAACAAGGAGAUGUUGCCAAAGCAAACAAGCAAGCCCGGCGUCUCCACCGUGCUGCAAUGGUAAUAGCUGCAAAAAAACACGAAGAUCAACGAGGAAGAGGGGAAGUUGAAGACCAUCCCGAGCCAUCGCCCGAAAACCCAACUCCAGCUACAACUACAAAUAAGACGAAGGGAAAAGCUGGUCCCGUACUGUCCAAUCGAGGGGCAAAGAGCCGAAAAACUGCUGAGGGGUAA